GAGAUAAACUUUCUUGAGGAAUUUUUAUAACCGCAUAAACCACAUUUCUGAUGUUUAAGUUCACUAUAUAAACAUCAGGACACUGACUUCAUCUAUACUGUCAAGAAGGAAGAGCCAAGGAGAAGUGUGAGGAUCCGAUUGAGAGAUGGUCAGUAAAGUGAUAAUCCUUGCACUUGUUGCUGCGUGUUUGAUCUUUGCAGAAGCUGCAGCUUCACCCUUCACAAGCCGUCUGAAACGGUGCCGUUGCAUUCAAACAAUCGAUGCAAUCGACCCCAGGGAUAUCAAGCUCGUUAAAAUCCUCCCACAGCGCACCUCCUGUGAUAAAUUGGAGAUCAUAGUCAUCAAAAAUGGCAAGAAGCUAUGUUUGAAUCCUAACUCCGCCAUGGGAAGGAAACUUGUGGGUUUCUUUCAUUUUAAAAUGAAGAAUCCACAGGGAUGACACGAUGUGCCUAAUGCAGCAAUGGACCAAUAGAUAACUUUCCAUUCCUAUCUGACAAUCGCCCCUAAACCAUUCUAUUAUUAACGCUUGAAAUAAUUCGACCAGCGGUAAUCACAGGAGUUGCUUUCUGACAGGUUAACUGCAAACUGAAGAUUGGGUGUUUAAGAGUUAAUUCUAUAUAAUGACACAAAAUGUAUUCAAUCUGAUUGAAAGGUAUCACGUCAAAGUCUCACCGUUUCCCAUGUGUUGAUAAAUUGUCCAUCCUUACAAUAGAAUAAUAAUCCUUUCGUUUGACUUGGUACCUUAGGACGCCGUCAAGACAUCUCAAAACGCUUCCCAGAAUUUCACUGUAAAGUGGUGCGACUGUGUAUUUGUACACAGCAAUGUUCCACAAACAGACUUGACUAGAUCUGGGGGAAUUUGGCCAGGACACUACAACAACAACAACAACAAGAUUCCAUUUAUAGAGCGCCUUUCACGUCGGGAGGACGUCCCAAGGCGCUGGACAGUUGGGUCAGGACCCGAGCAUUGGGGGGGAAACGGUCAGGGUGAGGGGAGAAACUCCCUUGUCCUUUCCAAUAAUCCCAAUUGGAUCUUUACCAUCCAAAUCUAACACGACCAGACCUCAAUUUAAUGUCUCAAUGUCUCCUUAAAGACAUUGGGUUUAGUUUAGUUUUCCCUCGAUUGUUCUGCUAGUACAAUGAACCCAAAAGGGCAUGAAAUAUUUAUACUAGCAGAUAAAGUUGACCAACAUAUUUUGUAAGCAGUGUUACACAGUAUCUUGAAACUCGAUCCUGUCAACUGUGAAAUGUAAUCUUGGCAUCCUGACAUUUCACGCAAAUCACCUUAUUUUAAUACAUCUCGUAAAUACUGGGUUCUAUUGGCUGCCGCAUUUCACCCAAAAUACAGUCGAUCCACUUUACAAUAUAUCCUGUGAAGCGGUUUGAGACGUCUCAAACACAUGAUAAGGCACUAUAUCAAAUGCAAGGGUUAUUAUUAUACAGUUUGUAUAAAGCAGCAAGCAGAGAGGAGAGGGAAUAUGAUAUCAUAUCAGGAAUGAACAUGCAGCAGUCCCUGCUCCCCACUUAUGUGUUGGAAAAUAUUUAGGAGAGAUUAUGGGAACAACCAAAAUGCCAAGUCAGUACUUUGGAAAAUCUGAUGUCAUAUUAAGAGAAACUCUUGUAAAUGCCAAUCAGAUUUGUUAACUGCACCUGUUAUUCUUUAAAUCACUAUAACCUUUGUUCUAAUAAAUUGUGGUCAAUUAUUGUAUUGCAUAAUUUCUGAGCUUUGCUGAUUUGUGUAUUUACACAAUAAAUCACUCUUUUAAGC